AUGACGGAACAUUCAUCGGAAGACGUUUGCAUCACUCAUUUCCUUGAGACGUAUAGACGUGACGAAAGUGGCAGAUUUUUCGUUCGGCUACCUUUCAAUGAAGCGAAGGAGCAGCUUGGCGAUUCCGAAACCAUGGCCAGAAAAAGAUUUUAUGCAGUUGAACGACGAUUGAAUAAGAAUUCGGAUUUGAAACGACAAUAUGUUGAAUUUAUGAACGAGUAUACGAAGUUAGGUCACAUGGUGGAAGUUACGCCUUCGCAGAAUGAAAAUCCGACUGAAAUAUUUGAUUUACCCCAUCAUUGCGUACUGAAACCGACUAGCUCAACCACUAAACUUCGUGUGGUUUUUGAUGGUUCUGCGGAAUCGUCGACAGGAGUGUCCGUCAAUCAAACCCAAAUGGUUGGUCCGACGGUGCAGAAUGACUUGGUGUCGAUUCACUUGAAGUUCAGAACGUUCCAGUAUGCGAUCAGCGCAGAUAUCCCGAAAAUGUAUCGACAGGUUGGGAUAGAUGACGAUUUUUUGCGUAUUUUUUGGAGAAACAGUAGUGAUGAUGCCUUGAAGGUUUAUGCAUUGAAAACAGUGACGUACGGUCUCGCAUCAUCGCCAUUUUUAGCAACGAUGGCAUUGAGACAACUGGCUAAUGACGAAGAACAACGAUAUCCGCUUGCCGCCACGACUGUGAAGAAAUAUUUUUAUAUCGAUGAUAUGCUCGCCGGUGCGAAUUCUUUGGAAGAAUCCAUGGAGCUGCUGCGACAGGUGAUCGGCUUGCUGAACGACGGUGGGUUCGACAUACACAAGGUUUGCUCGAACUCAAAGGAGAUAUUGAAAAUGGUUCCCGAAGAGAAACGAGAAAAAUUUGGAGUAAUUGAAGACGCUGCUGUAAACGGCUUGAUGAAGACACUCGGAAUCGUGUGGAAUCCUGACAGUGAUGUAUUUACAUUCCGGAUUGCUGAAGCACUUCAAUCGACACAUUUCACAAAGAGGAUGAUCUUGAGCGAAAUUUCCAGAAUUUUCGAUCCACUGGGUUUCCUUGGUCCGGUGAUUACAAUAGCGAAAUUAUUCAUGAGGGAACUGUGGCUUCUUGAACUACAUUGGGACGACGAUCUGUCACAAAAUUUGGCGGAAUUGUGGAUAGAAUUUCGUGAGCGACUACAUUGCAUUAGUGUCGAGCUACAUGGAUUCGCUGAUGCAUCCGAUCUUGCGUAUGGAGCUUGUCUCUACGCUCGAUCAGUGUUCCAGGAUGGAACGGCUGAAAUGAAAUUGGUUUGCAGUAAAUCGAGAAUACUACCGAAAAAACAGGAGUCGAAAAAGGAAGUUACCACACCGCGUGGGGAGCUACAAGCAGCUCUUCUAUUGUCUCGUCUUGCUGUAAAAUUGAUUGCUGCCAUGGAGAUUCAGUUUGGGUCCGUUGUUUUAUGGAGCGAUUCUCAGAUAGUUCUCUGCUGGAUCAAGAAGGUCCCAAAUUUACUGAAGAUCUACGUUGGGAAUCGUGUAAAGGAAAUCCAAAUGUUGACGAAUGAGUUUAGCUGGCGAUACAUUCAAUCUAAAUUGAACCCCGCCGAUCUUAUAUCCAGAGGGGUCCAACCGAAUCAACUGCGAGGAAAUGAAAUGUGGUGGACCGGUCCGGAAAUCUUGAAACAAGCCAACUUUGAAACGGAAGAUCCACCGCCGACUCAGGAAGCUGAUAUUCCAGAAUUACGAGGAGUUGCUCUCUUCAACACGAACGUUCGCUAUAGAUUGAAGAUAUUCGACAGCAUCAGCAGGUUUUCGAUUAUGCAGAGAUCUAUGGCAUAUGUGAUUCGUUUCACGAACUAUAUAAGAAGUGGUAGGCAGUACAUAUCAAAGGGGUUGCCUACUACUGACGAAAUGAGGCGUGCAUUGUUGCUGAUAGUCCGACUGAUCCAGAAAGAGUGUUUUGGAGAUGAAAUUCGUGCACUAAAGGAAGAGAAGAAUUUUAAUCAUUCACUAAAAUGCUUGAACCCUUUCAUUGAUGAAAGAGAUGAUACACUACGUGUAGGAGGACGAAUACGUCAUGCUCAAAUACCAUAUGGCAGCAAGCAUCAGCUUCUGUUACCUGCCAGACAUCCUGUGACCGUGACAAUCAUUCGUCAUCUACAUAAGAUCAAUAUGCACAUCGGUCAGCAAGCCUUACUUGCUGUUGUGAGGCAACAGUUUUGGCCUCUUCGAGCGAAAUUUACCAUACGCGAUGUAAUUCACAAAUGCACUCCAUGCUACCGUGCCAAUCCAAAACGAGCAACACAGUUGAUGGGAGAUUUACCGGAGUAUAGAGUACAAGCUGCGUAUCCAUUUGCCAACGUUGGGAUAGACUUUGCCGGGCCGUUUACGCUGAAAGCAGUUUCGACUAUCAAAAAAAGUGUCACGACCAAAGGAUAUGUGUGUGUUUUCAUUUGUAUAGCUACACGGGCUAUUCAUUUGGAAGCAGUAUCAAAUCUCUCUACGGAUGCAUUUCUGGCUGCCCUUCAACGGUUCGUUAGUCGGAGGGGUCUACCAACGAGGAUAUUUUCAGACAAUGCCACCAAUUUUGUUGGUGCAAAUAAUGAACUAGUGAAACUUGCCAAUCUAUUUGAAACCGAGAUGCACAAGAAGAAGUUGAAUGGAUUCUGCGUUCAAAGAAAUAUUGACUGGUCCUUCAUUCCUCCACGUAGUCCCCAUUUUGGUGGAAUAUGGGAAGCCGGAGUGAAGUCUGCCAAAUUUCACCUACGCCCAAUUUUAGCGGACCACAGACUCUCGUAUGAGGAACUGACGACAGUGUUGGCACAAAUAGAGGCCACUUUGAAUUCCCGCCCGUUGAUUCCGUCUUCAGACGAUCCCAAUGAUAUGACAGUUAUUCUUGGCUCAUUUUUUGGUGGGCAGAGAGUUUCAAGCAGUUCUCGAACCAUCGUAUGA